AUGUUGAGAGCUGUUUCAUCUUCAACACCACUAUGUUUUUCACCUUCAACCAGAUUCAAUCUUGACAAAGGAAUCUCAAAUUCAACUCAUACAUUAACCUAUGUUCACUCUUUCUCAUUAUUCACACCUCCCUCUCUCUCUAAAAAACAAUCCCAUUUCUUUCCACAACUUGCUUCAUCUUCAUCUCCACUUUCUGCUGUAAAUGCUGAAUACAUUGAGGAACCAGCAACAAAUGUGAAGUUUCAGACAUCUUCGAGUUUCCCGGGUUGCACAGACUCGUUAACGUUAUUCGGAACAGGAUUCAGAGAAAAAGUUUUUGCGAUUAUUGGUGUCAAGGUUUAUGCAGCAGGACUGUAUCUAAACCAGUCUAUUGUAACUGAUUUGAACGGAUGGAAAGGGAAAUCGAAAGAUGUGAUUCAAGGGAGUUCUUCCUUGUUCAACACCAUUUUCCAAUCUCCCCUUGAGAAAUCAUUGCAAAUCAUUCUUGUCAGAGAUGUUGAUGGUAAAACUUUUUGGGAUGCAUUAAUUGACGCCAUAUCACCGAGAAUUGUAAAACCAACUACUGCAGAUGAAACUGCAUUGACCACUUUCCGUAGCGUCUUUCAAGAUCGAUCCCUUAAGAAAGGAACUUUCAUUUUCUUGACUUGGUUGAACCCCUCCAAAUUGCUUGUUUCUGUCUCGUCGGAGGGAGUUCCAUCUUCCGUUGACGCUACAAUUGAAUCUGCGAAUGUGACUCAUGCUCUUUUUGAUGUAUUCCUGGGAGACAAACCUGUUUCUCCCUCCUUGAAAUCUUCUGUGGCUGAAAGGUUGUCCAAAGUACUUGAGUAA